CCACUGCACAGUGCACACAUAUAAAAAAAAACCAGACACCCCUACCCAGCCCUCUUGUGCUUGAUUGUAAGAUCAAUAAAGCUAUCAAAUAAUUUUGUUUUUCUACAAAAUUAUACAUAGAAAAAGAUUUGAAAAAAUAACUUGAAAAGGGUGUUAGAAAAAUGGGUGAGAAAUUAAAGGAACUGAGUUUAGAUGCGGGCUCAAAUUUUGUUCCGAAGAUCAUUUCAGAUAUUCUAACAGAAGUUUCAGUGAUCGAAGAUUUCUCGCAGAAAUUAUCAAAGCUGGAUUUUCAUGUUAACGCAUUUGAAGAAGAAUUGAAGAAGAUCAAUGUUUUCAAACGUGAGCUUCCAAUUUGCAUGCAUCUGUUGAAGGACGCGAUUGAGAAAUUAAAGGAGGAGGAAUUGCAGUUAAAGGGUGAAGAAGUGAGGCCAGUGAUGGAACAAUUCAUACCGUUAAAGAGGGAUUCUAAUGAAAUUGGAAGGGAUAAAAGAUCAGGAGAUUUCAGUGAGAAAAAAAAUUGGAUGAGUUCUGCACAGCUGUGGAGCACUCCAGUUCUGUAUGAAAAUAAUUUUGAUAGCAAAAAUCAAGACUCUGGUUUACACCUCAGAUCGAGGUAUGAAGAAGAGGGUGGCAUUCGAAGUGAGUAUCAGCAGCAGGUGUGUAAUUUUGGCAACAGGGGAGGGGCAUUUGUUCCUUUCAAGAAAUCUUCUGGUGGAGAAACGAAGGAAGACAAUGGGCUUGUAUCAGUUCAAGAUUUAACACUGUCAAGUCCUGUGAUUGAAAUGGAAUCCUGUGAUUUGAGUAUGAAAGGUAAAUGUGGUAACGGUAGGGUACAACAGCAGCAUGAGGCACCGCGAAAACAAAGGCGCUGUUGGUCCCCGGAACUGCACAAGAAAUUUGUCGAUGCACUCCAUCAGCUUGGAGGAGCACAAGCAGCGACGCCAAAGCAGAUUAGAGAACUCAUGAAAGUGGAUGGCCUCACCAAUGAUGAAGUGAAAAGCCAUUUGCAGAAAUACAGGCUUCACAUACAAAAGCUUCCAAGUUCAUCGGCUGCUGUAUCAAGUAGCUCAUGGUUUACACAAGAACAGUAUGGAGACUUGUUGAAGGCAAUCGUCACGCAUUCUGGUUCCCCACAAGGCCCAUUAAACCAUGGAGGGUCCACCAAGGGUGUCUCGGUUAAUGAUGGUGAUAGCAUGGAGGAUGACGAGGAUGACAAGUCUGAAAGCCAUAGCAAGAAAAGUCUACUUCAGCAGCCAGUUGAGGACCAUGUAUAGGCAACUACAACUGAAAUUUUGCUGAUAAAAACAUAGGUGAAUCAGUAUCUACAUACAUACAAAUAAAACAAAUGUUAUACAAAAAGGUGCUGAGUUUUUUCUCGUGUGUCUAAGUUAUUUAGGUUAUCGAACUAUUAGAAUUUUAAGAUGUUUUUAGUUUGCUUGUUUUAAGUUAAUUUGAGCCCUUUUAUAGUUUAUAAAUAGGGAGUUGUUUGACAAUUUAUGUCGUAAGAAAAUUCAAUGUUGUUUGUUUGGUACUCAUGUUGUUCAAUGAACUCAUCUU